AUGUAUUGGAAUGAGUUGAAUCCUCAGAAACGCAAUGUCUUGUUUAAAUUCGAUAAUUCAGACGUGAAAAAAGAACAGGACCGAAUAUUUAUAAAACUUAAAAAAGGUGUAUUCAAUUUCGCUUGGUUGUUUUUUUCAUCUUCCAACAUACAUGGUCUUAACCACUUGACUGACAAAAGGAGGCAUUACACCGAAAAAUUAAUUUGGGUUAUUGCAAUAUGUUUGAGUAUCUACGGUUCAGCAAUACUUGGUUCGUCCACUUGGACUCGUUAUCAAGAAAAUCCGACAGUGAUAUCUAUGGACAGAGAGUAUAAGGAAUGGGCAACUCCACUUCCAGCAUUCACUUUAUGUCCUACGUAUAAAAUCGAUGACCAACUCUUCGAUGAACUCGUACAGAAAAAAUUUACAAACUACACAGACGAAGAAAAAGAAGAUUUUCGGACGUUUCUGGUGCAGUUGGCAAAUGCCACUUACGGAACGUUUAAAGAAGUGCCUUCGUACAAUCGGAUAUCGCCGAAUGAGUACUUGAAUUACGUCAUAUCCCUGAGCGGUUCUGUAUCGUACACAAUCAAAAAUAGUCACGUAGACAUAUUUUCAUCGAUCGAAUUGGUGCCCAGUGUAACUGAAUUGGGCUUAUGUUAUUCGUACAACGGAUACGUUGCACCUUACAACGGUUACAAGUAUUGGAUAAAUCGCAACAUCAGCGAGUUCCCGAAAAUAGAAAUUAUGUCCGGCACCCCGUUGGACGGUGACAUUUUCAUUCAGUUAACUUCCAUGAAUUUCGGUUACAUGAUACAGAGGAGAAGAUUACAAAUAAAAUCUUUAAAAAGCUGUUUGCUUGAGUGUAUAAUCCUUACUGACUGUGGAGCUGAGAAAAUGGUUUGGUUCCUAGAAUACUAA